AUGGCCGUCAAGAGAGGUCGUAAGCAGGAUGACACCCUGCCACCAUCGCGGAGUCGAGACAUCCAGAGAGCGUUCAGGGCGAGACGAGCAGAGUACAUCAACUCCCUCCAAGACCGUGUCAAGGAGCUCGAGGAAGAGAAUGACGCCUUGCGGGCCAGACUGGGCAUGCCUCCCGGUGACAAGACCGUGCACGAGGCAGAAGAGGGCAAGUAUGGUCCCCUGGCGCGAUUGAGACCGACGGGCGCUAUAGAGUCCUACAGCCCAAAGACAUCCGCCAGCUUAUCCUCAUCCGGCAUGGCCGGUCCCUCGGGCACCCACUCGAGCCAAGCCUCACCGUCGAACGCACAUGACAUGAUGGGCCGGCCACUCCCCUCACUCGCUCUCGAUCACUUCCUCGAUUCCAAGCGCAAACCGCCCAGUCUGUCGAGCUCGAGCAGCCAUCCACCGCUGCCGUUACCCAAUCUAGACAUGCACGACCGCGUCAGCACCUUUGAGCGCAUCAGUAUGCCGCCCACGCCAUCGCAUACGUCACACAUUGUCCCGCGCGUCAAUGCCGCACGGCCACUGUCUGCUGCUCACUCACACGAAGUUUACGGGGCUACUUUUUCGCCUCAUGGACACAGUCAGCUGCCCAGCCGGUCAGAGAGCGAAAGCAGCGCUGCAGCACAACAUUCCCGAUGGGAGGGUCAGACACACUCUCAACCGUUUGCCGCCAGUGACGUCCAUUCAGCGCGUUCGAUGCCGUUCAGCACGGGCUCUCACCUGGCAGGCUCCAACGGUCCUUCGAUCUACGACUCUCCACGCCAUCCGGCAUAUCAGCAGCACAUGGCACUCGAUCACGCCGGCGGACGUUACUAUCCUCAUUCGAACGAAUCAGGCUGGCCGACAACCAGCCCACUCGGGACUUAUACGCCACAGCAUGGCUACAGCACAGCGACGUCGACAGGCCAGUACACCCUGCCGAGCAGCCGUCCGGUGACGCUCGGUGACCGUCAGACGAGCUUCAGGCAUGCUUCCGCCGAGCUGUCACCGCCCCUCAAGACAAUCAAAGAUCAGUCUACGCCUAGCCAGUCUCAGUCCGAAGAUCACGCUAGCGGAUCUACGUCUGUCAAGAGCGAAAGUGCUAUUGUUGAAUGCUGUCGAAUCGAUCCAUCUGAUCCCAACAAGGCCGAACAACUGGAGUUCUGCAAGGGUUUGAUGGAGUCAGCCGAUCUGAGCAAAGCGGCUGCAGAGGAAGCACCCCCCGUGCUCAACUCAUUCAGCGAUCUGGAAGCCUUCUUCAAUUCCUCAGAGCAGGAUACGCUCGCCUCCUUUACAUUUCUACCUGGCAGCAUCGAAAAUACGCCGGCACCUUUCCAGACACCGCGAGACAGUAGAGCAGACUACAUACCGUGCAAGAUCGCGUGGAAGAUGCUCGGCGAGAACCAGAGACACACCAUCAGCCUGCCAUCCGGACAACAAGCCGCACUUCCAUCUGGCGAAACCAAAGUUGUUCUCGGGCCUUCGGACAUCGGUCGUAUGAUGGCCUUGCUCGGCCAAGUUUCGCGUGAUGAGGCAACCAACCUGGGAGCCAAGGAUGUUCUGGUGAAAGUAGACGAGGCGCAGGGCCUGGUGGUCUGCUCGGGCGCAGUACAAGAAGUGCUCAAGCUAUUGGUUCAGGCGGCAGCGCAAGAGGCAGGCGAGAGCACACACGCUUAA